GCGUGCGUGCGUGUUUGCGUGUGGUCACAGUUCCCGCCAUCAGCCGCUCUCCCUGACUAGGGGUAGCUAGCGGCCUCCCUCCUUUGGGUUCGGUAUCCCUACUUCCAUUACCCCCGGCUCCUCCCUCUCCGCGCGGGCUCCGUGCUUUCCGCGGGUCUCUCUGGGGGCUCCGGACCCUCGGCGCAGCUGAGUUGAUGGCUUCCGGAGAACUGGCAUAGCUGCAGAAUAUGAGUAGCAUCCCAAGAAGAGUGCUUUGCCUUUGGCACAAGGAUCAGAAUAAGGGUGAAUUGUUAUUACAUAGAGUUUUUCGGUAAAAGUCACUGAAAAUUAUUUGCCAUACAGUAACCAGAGACCUCCAACUAGGGGCCCCCAAACUGUAUACUGCCUGUAGAACCUGCCAGGUGAAGGUGCAUUUUUGCUUUUUAAUUUGGCUGGAAGCAAUUUAUUUUUAAAGAAAAUAUGUCUUCUCUGAAGAUACAUGGUCCUAUCAGAAUUCGAAGUAUGCAGACUGGGAUUACAAAGUGGAAAGAAGGAUCCUUUGAAAUUGUGGAAAAAGAGAAUAAAGUCAGCCUAGUAGUUCACUACAAUACUGGAGGAAUUCCAAGGAUAUUUCAGCUAAGUCAUAACAUUAAAAAUGUGGUGCUUCGACCCAGUGGAGCAAAACAAAGCCGCCUAAUGUUAACUCUACAAGAUAACAGCUUCUUGUCUAUUGACAAAGUACCUAGUAAGGAUGCAGAGGAAAUGAGGUUGUUUCUAGAUGCAGUCCAUCAAAACAGACUUCCUGCAGCCGUGAAACCUUCUCAGGGGUCUGGUAGUUUUGGAGCCAUUCUGGGCAGCAGGACCUCACAGAAGGAAACCAGCAGGCAACUUUCUUACUCAGACAAUCAGGCUUCUGCGAAAAGAGGAAGUUUGGAAACUAAAGAUGAUAUUCCAUUUCGAAAAGUUCUUGGUAAUCCGGGUAGAGGAUCGAUUAAGACUGUAGCAGGAAGUGGAAUAGCUGUUACUCGGACGAUUCCUUCUUUGACAUCUGCAUCAACACCUCUUAGAUCAGGGUUGCUAGAAAAUCGUACUGAAAAGAGGAAAAGAAUGAUAUCAACUGGCUCAGAAUUGAAUGAAGAUUACCCUAAGGAAAAUGAUUCAUCAUCGAACAACAAGGCCAUGACAGAUCCUUCCAGAAAGUAUUUAACCAGCAGUAGAGAAAAGCAGCUGACUUUGAAACAGUCAGAAGAGAAUAGGACAUCAGGGCUUUUACCUUUGCAGUCAUCAUCCUUUUAUGGUAGCAGAGCUGGAUCCAAGGAACACUCUUCUGGUGGCGCUAACUUAGACAGGACUAAUGUUUCAAGCCAGACUCCCUCUGCCAAAAGAAGUUUGGGAUUUCUUCCUCAGCCGGCUCCUCUUUCUGUUAAAAAACUGAGGUGUAACCAGGAUUACACUGGCUGGAAUAAACCAAGAGUGCCCCUUUCCUCUCACCAACAGCAGCAACUGCAGGGCUUCUCCAAUUUGGGAAAUACCUGCUAUAUGAAUGCUAUUCUACAAUCUCUGUUUUCACUCCAGUCAUUUGCAAAUGACUUGCUUAAACAAGGUAUCCCAUGGAAGAAAAUUCCACUCAAUGCACUUAUCAGACGCUUUGCACACUUGCUUGUUAAAAAAGAUAUCUGUAAUUCAGAGACCAAAAAGGAUUUACUCAAGAAGGUUAAAAAUGCCAUUUCAGCUACAGCAGAGAGAUUCUCUGGUUAUAUGCAGAAUGAUGCUCAUGAAUUUUUAAGUCAGUGUUUGGACCAGUUGAAAGAAGAUAUGGAAAAAUUAAAUAAAACUUGGAAGACUGAACCUAUUUCUGGAGAAGAAAAUUCACCAGAUAUUUCAGCUACCAGAGUAUACACUUGCCCUGUUAUUACUAAUUUGGAGUUUGAGGUUCAGCACUCCAUCAUUUGUAAAGCAUGUGGAGAGAUUAUCCCCAAAAGAGAACAGUUCAAUGACCUCUCUAUUGACCUUCCUCGUAGGAAAAAACCACUCCCUCCUCGUUCAAUUCAAGAUUCUCUUGAUCUUUUCUUUAGGGCCGAAGAACUGGAGUAUUCUUGUGAGAAGUGUGGCGGAAAGUGUGCUCUUGUCAGGCACAAAUUUAACAGGCUUCCUAGGGUCCUCAUUCUCCAUUUGAAACGAUAUAGCUUCAAUGUGGCUCUCUCGCUUAACAAUAAGAUUGGGCAGCAAGUCAUCAUUCCAAGAUACCUGACCCUGUCAUCUCAUUGCACUGAAAAUACAAAACCACCUUUUACCCUUGGUUGGAGUGCACAUAUGGCAAUUUCUAGACCAUUGAAAGCCUCUCAAAUGGUGAAUUCCUGCAUCACCAGCCCUUCUACACCUUCAAAGAAAUUCACCUUCAAAUCCAAGAGUUCCUUGGCUUUAUGCCUUGAUUCAGACAGUGAGGAUGAACUAAAACGUUCAGUGGCCCUCAGCCAGAGACUUUGUGAAAUGUCAGGCAACGAACAGCAGCAAGAAGACCUGGAAAAAGAUUCAAAAUUAUGCCCAACAGAGCCUGACAGAUCUGAAUUGGAAAACUCAGGAUUUGACAGAAUGAGCGAAGAAGAGCUUCUAGCAGCUGUCUUGGAGAUAAGUAAAAGAGAUGCUUCACCAUCUCUGAGUCAUGAAGAUGAUGAUAAGCCAACUAGCAGUCCAGAUACUGGAUUUGCAGAAGAUGAUAUUCAAGAAAUGCCAGAAAAUCCAGACACUAUGGAAACUGAGAAGUCCAAAACAAUCACAGAGCUGGAUCCUGCCAGUUUUACUGAGAUAACUAAAGACUGUGAUGAGAAUAAAGAAAACAAAACUCCAGAAGGAUCUCAGGGAGAGGUUGAUUGGCUCCAGCAGUAUGAUAUGGAGCGUGAAAGGGAAGAGCAAGAGCUUCAGCAGGCACUGGCUCAGAGCCUUCAAGAGCAAGAGGCUUGGGAACAGAAAGAAGAUGAUGACCUCAAAAGAGCUACCGAGUUAAGUCUUCAAGAGUUUAACAACUCCUUUGUGGAUGCAUUGGGUUCUGAUGAGGACUCUGGAAAUGAGGAUGUUUUUGAUAUGGAGUACACAGAAGCUGAAGCUGAGGAACUGAAAAGAAAUGCUGAGACAGGAAAUCUGCCUCAUUCCUACCGGCUCAUCAGUGUUGUCAGUCACAUUGGUAGCACUUCUUCUUCAGGUCAUUAUAUUAGUGAUGUGUAUGACAUUAAGAAGCAAGCGUGGUUUACUUACAAUGACCUGGAGGUAUCAAAAAUCCAAGAGGCUGCCGUGCAGAGUGAUCGAGAUCGGAGUGGCUACAUCUUCUUUUAUAUGCACAAGGAGAUCUUUGAUGAGCUGCUGGAAACAGAAAAGAACUCUCAGUCACUUAGCAUGGAAGUGGGGAAGACUACCCGUCAAGCCUCGUGAGGAACAAACUCCUGGGUUGCCAGUGUGCGCUGCAUAUUCUUACUGCUGCCCACCUCACCUUUCCUCUGCUGAAGGAGAAUUUGGAAUUCUGCUUGAUGCGGGAGCAACAAACAGCUCAGGGCCAAACCAAAAGACAAAAAUUGGAGUUACAUAGAAUGCUCCAUGCUAUUUUAUGGAAACUUUGGUCUCACAUCUGUAGCUGAUUAUCCUCUUUUUCUCCUAUAAGAGUGGCACUUCCUUUUGUCUUAGGAAUACAUGUUGUAAAUAUAUAUCUGUGUGUGUGUGUGUGUGUGUGUGUGUGUGUACACACACACACACACACACACACAGGAUGAAUGGAGCCUUAAAGAGUUAGGAUGAGCCCCCAGAAUAUGCCUGCUCAAAAUUAAUAGCACAGCAGUUUGGAGAAGAAAUGAAGGUGUCAAAGAGUCCAUUCACCUGAGAAAUGUGUGAAGAUGUACUUAUCAGUUGGCUUUUAACUUUUAUGUUCCUUGAGUAGUUUCACUCAAGUCUGUAACCUUUUGUGUGUGUUUCCUUAUUAGUAAAGUUCACUGGAAAGCCAGCUCUUCAUGUUACACUAAUGACAGUUUGUUCUCUUUGCAAGAGAGGGGCAUUGCUGUCACCUAACUUGAGGAGCUUUUUUUGUUGUUGUUGUCUGCAAAUUUCAUGAAUUUGUGAUGUCUUUGCUGUUUACAUGCAGUCCCAAGAAAUGGAUUGUUGGUGCUUUGGAAUAUGUUACAGUCCCACAUUUGAUAUUCUUCAUAAUUCUUCAUAUACUUUGUUCUCUCUAAGGAGAUUUCUUCACACAGUAUGUUCAUCAUAUAUCAUCAUCAUUAUUUUGGUGGUAAAGAUAGAAUCUUUUUUCUUUUUUUUUGUCAUUCUACCAUGGAGCAGCAUUACCCUAAUGGAUUGCAACCAGAACUUUAAACAGGUAGAAAGAUAUUUCUCCAAUUGGAACUCCGCAACAGGAAUACUUAGGGAUAAGGAAGAAUGCUAGCAUCUCUUUCUCUCAAAUAUAGGGAGGAUAAGAAGAGUGUUCUUCUGAUAAAGCUCAAAUAUAGGGAGGAUAAGAAGAGUGUUCUUCUGAUAAAGCUAAAAUUCUGGACCACUAAAGCUAAAAGCCCUAUUGCAAGUAUGAAAUUAAGUACUUGAGCUAUAGGACAAACCUUGGGCAUUUAACCAUUUACUAUCUGGCUUUGCCCUUAAAAUAGGAUUGCAAUUAAAAUGUGAUUGGCUUAGGUAAUCCCAAGAACUAAAAAAUAACAAAGGUGCGUAAUAUAUUUAUCUACUUUUUAGUUGCUCUGAGUUGAGGCAAAGUAGAGCGGCAACAUUAAGUGCUAUGCUAGUCACUUAGCUGACAUAACCAGCUUGGUUAAGCAGCUUAUGAAACCGUAUAAAGAAUUGUUUUGAGGAUGGAAUUCUGUCCACAAAAUAAUUAUCUGAGCCCAGAUAUCAUUAGGAUCACACAGAGUUAAGUGUAGCAAAAUGAAACCAUCGUUGUAUUAUUUCAUGAUUUUUCUUUUAUUAUAAACAAGGGAUUAUUCUUUAGUUCUCAGAGGUAGGGACAAACCACAUGAGGUUUUCAGAAGGAAAAAACAUUUAAAAACCCACCAUCACUUGAGAGAAUCGCUUGAACCCAGGAGGCAGAGGUUGCAGUGAGCCGAGAUCACAUCAUUGCACUGCAGCCUGGGUGACAGUGAGAUUCCAUCUCAUAAAAAAAAAAAGAAAAGAAAAAAAAAAACACACAAAUCAUCAUCACAGAAGAUGCAACAUAUUUUCUGAAAGAUUGCCUUAAGAGAGCUCCAGCCCUACUCUUGGAACUUGGAUGUAUUCUAAUAUAGUAAUAACCUAGUCUAAGUUUUGAUUCUUUGAAUUAUAUAUGGCCUCACCAGUUUUGCUUAACUACUGAUAAAUGUUUUGCCUCCUGCCAUCUACCUAUAUACAUUAUUGUAAUGAAUGUUCCAAAAUGGUAGAGUGGUAGAAAAUGCCAGAGUAGUUUAGAGCAGAGGAAAAUAUUUGUUUUAAAACUAGCUUUAAAAUUUUGUUUCAUUUCUACCAGGAGACUCUUUGGUUUGGUUUGAUUUUGCUUGGAAAUAAUUGGUUUUCUUAUAAAUGAGUGAAGUGGUGAUAAAAUUCUUUGGCUAGUUAUUAAUUAUUUUACCUGUCUUUGCAUUUGAGAGGCACUGUUAAAAAUUAUUGGGAAAGAUUUAAAGUGCAGGCUGCAUUAAAACAUGGAGAAAAAUAGAAAUAAUGCCAUAAGUCUAGAUUGCCUCACGAAGCAGCCUCAUUUGAAUUGCUUUCAUAGCUUUCAUAUGUGUAUGGUUUAGAAGUACACUUACCUCAGAAACCUGAUUUGAUCUCUUGGGCAGGAGUUGUUGAAAUAGGUUAUGGGAAUAUAUAAGUUAUCUCAUUGCUCAUGUACUUGCAUGUUUGGGACUCAAAUUUUACUUGAUGUCUGUCCAUUCUUGUGGCCCUGUCAGCCUUCUCCUUCCUUUACUCCUUUAAUCUAUUUCUUUGACUACCAAUGGAGAUUUCAGCUGGACUAUGUUGAUGGGGCUUGUUGUUUUUUUUGAGCUGGCUGUAUAUAUUUUAAAAUUAUAAAUAGAUAAUAUAUUAUUUUUUGCACAUUGUUAUCAGUUUGCCCAGAAUUGGGGAUAGGGCAGUUAGCAUGUUGGGGCCAGGAAGGGACAAGUUAGAUAAGGACUGAGUGCUUCCGUUGCAGGCAGUUUGCACAAUACCUAAUUAACCUUCCUAUUGAAAAUACCAAAUGUGUGGUUACAUUACUUUAAAUGACAUUGAAUUGGAACUUGAUGGCAAUUAGUUCUAGAUACAGCAUUUUGAUCUUUGUUGGAAUUUUAAGGGAAAAAUAAACUACAUAUUUGUUUAUUUUAAUCCCCUAAUAGUACUGAAGGUUGGAAAGUUGCAUGUAGCUGGAUGCUGUUAAUUUCUUUAAUAGCCAUGACUAUAAUUUAAGCCUAUGAGAAGAUAGACUGUUGUAUAGGGAUAUAUUCACAUGUGUGUGCACACUCAGGAGUUUUGUCUCAGCAGGAUAGAAUAAGCAAAUCCAUGAAUUGGUCUUCUGUUAAUACUUUGAUUCUAAAAAUUAUUUGUUUACUUGCUAUGGUCUGUUCAUUCUGGGCCUAACUUUAAAGGCUCAAUAACAAAUACAACAAAUGUAAAUAUGUUUACAUUUUAAGACGUAUGCAGUGGUACUUACAGAUCAGUUAAUUAACUCCAGAAAGCAAAUGUUAGACUACACAUUUAUUUUUCUCCUUGAUCAAGUGUAAAAUUCUGAAACAGAGGCUUUAAAAUAUAAAACCUCAGCAAAAUAAUCCAUGAAUUUACUGAUUCUUCUAUAUCGUGUAUAGUUACCAUUAUGUAACUGUACACGUGUACAGCUACGGAUAUAGUUGUAUAUCCGUUGAAAAUUAUCUGCAAACACCUAAAUUAAAGAGAGAAAAAAAGUAGUUUGUAAACUCAUUUGUGGUCUACUGAAAAGAGGUUAUAUUAAAGCAAAUAAAAAUAUUUUCCUUCUCUGUCCUCUGAAAUGAUUGCAGUGGAUACUCUUAGUUAUCCCAUUUUGUGGGGGUGGAGGGCCUUUUUAAUUUAAUUGACCCCCCGAGGUGGUCUUUUGUUUUAAACGGGCGGGGGCGGGGAGGAAACAGCUGGAUCUCCAAGUACAUGUGGAUUUUGUAUAUAUAGGAGAUUUUUAGAAAAAUCAACAACCCCUCACCAGAUGCAAGUCACAUAAAAGCGUUCCAAUAAAAUGGAUGAAUGUCUUUUUCCUCCCCAUUUUGCUUUAUACUGAGUAUUGCACUCUUGCAAGUGUAUGCAAAAACUAAAUAGACUUCUGCCCUCCUCUUUUUAUUGCAUUACUUCAAAAUUCUAAUUUUGUCUCUACUGAUAUGUCUUAUUAACAUCUGAAAAAUAUAUAUAUAUAUUUUAUUGGAAAAUUCUAGUUUGUUAGGCCUUGAAAGUUUUGUGACAGUUAUUUUGCUGUAUUUCACCACAAUCAUUCACCUUAUGGCAUGCUUUGAUUACUAGACUUCAGGCAGUCUCAUUCAUUGUAUCAUACUUACACACAAUAGUAAGUUGUCUCCAUGUGUGCUAUAUGUCUGAGGUGUAUGGAGUUUUUAUUUAAAAAGUGUGCCAGGCUGAAUAUAAGCAUUUGAUUUUGUAACAUUGGACUUUUCUUAAAAGUAUAGAGGUUCAAAGUAUAGGUAUGUCCAUUGGCAUAAGAAUAGAGAGGGUGAGGGUCUGGACCAGCAUCCAGGUUUGUCCAGUCAGACGCCAGAAACUGGUCUUCAAAAAUAGCGGGCCUGUGUGAAGAGUGAGACCACAUGUGGGUGUGCACACCUCUUGUCCCCAGGUGUCCCUCCCUUUGAGCUUAUCCUUCCCUCCCUAACUUCUCUGGCCUAUUGUCAUUGUUGUUUCUUUACAUUUAAGGAGAGAAAAACAAAAAUGAGAUUCGUACACUUUGCCUAAUUGAGCCACUACCAGGUUUUCUGGCAGCUGUGGCCACAUUAUUUGUGAGGUGAUUUUUUUCUUUAUGUUCAGAGUGACUUCUGAUUCUGAUUCUUUAUAUUUUGUAUGGAGCGGCACUUUUAUCUGUGUUUUAGCAGAACUGUUCCUCUGUAUUCUUUACGGUUUUUGUUUGUUUUUGUUUCCUUUUUAAAUUAUGCAUAGAGUUUUUUUGUGUGUAUGAAAUUAAAGCCUUUAUUAACCUUC